GGAAGGGAUAUGAUAUGUGAUGGACCCAUACGACGACCCACACAUUCGCGACAUUCUCUUACCAUAUGCACGUGCACAUCUCACUACUGACUAUGUCGAAUACACGGAACAGGGAGUGGAGCAGAUCCUGCUCGAGACGCUGGCCUCCGUGCCAUUGGCAGACGCCACGUCUUUCUUACUCCCUACAGACCCGUUCGAGGCGCUCGCCAAGCACUUGGACUCGCUCAACCUUACACCGUAUCAAGAACGAUGGCCUGCCCCACAAGGCGCAAUCGACCUCAUCAGAGAUGUCUUUCCGCCGCUCACCGAACUCAGAUCCGAGAAAUGCUGUUUCGAACCACAAAGUGAUCCUUGUAAGUCGGCAGGCACCCGCAUAUAG